UUUCGUCUAUUUUCAGCCACGAUGAUUGAUUUCUGAGAGACUUCUGAGGGGGAAAAACGAUUAAAAAAAAUAAAAUAAAUAAAGACCUGAGGCUGGGAUAGAUGUUCGCGCCUCUCUCGCGCAUCAUCACCACCAGCAUCAUCAUCACAGCUCCCGCGCUCGUCUCGUGCUGAGUUCGCCCGCCCACAGUCCCCUCACGGCCGGUUCUGGUACCGUUAGCGGCUCGGUUCGACCCAGAGGGCUCGAAGAUGGCGGACCUCGAAGCGGUUCUCGCCGAUGUCAGCUACCUGAUGGCGAUGGAGAAGAGCAAAUCGACUCCAGCGGCCCGCGCGAGCAAGAAAAUCAUCCUUCCUGAACCCAGUAUUCGGAGUGUCAUGCAAAAGUACCUGGAAGAAAGGGAUGAACUGACCUUUGACAAAAUCUUCAACCAGAAGAUUGGUUUCCUCUUGUUCAAGGAUUUCUGCAUGAACGAGAUCGACGAGGCCGUUCCGCAGCUGAAGUUUUAUGAGGAGAUUAAAGAGUACGAGAAGUUGGAUUCAGAAGAAGAGAGGCUAACUCGCAGUCGACAGAUUUAUGACGUGUACAUAAUGAAGGAGCUUCUGUCAUGUUCACAUCCCUUCUCUAAGAAGGCAGUAGACCAUGUCCAGACUCACCUAGCAAAGAAACAAGUUCCUCCAAAUCUCUUUCAGCCAUACAUAGUUGAGAUCUGUGACAGUCUACGAGGAAAGAUCUUUCAGAAGUUCAUUGAAAGCGACAAGUUCACACGUUUUUGCCAGUGGAAGAAUGUAGAGCUCAACAUCCAUUUGACGAUGAAUGACUUCAGCGUGCAUCGGAUCAUCGGCAGAGGGGGGUUCGGAGAGGUUUACGGAUGCAGGAAAGCAGACACAGGGAAAAUGUAUGCCAUGAAGUGUUUGGAUAAAAAGCGAAUCAAAAUGAAGCAGGGAGAAACGCUGGCGCUCAACGAGAGAAUCAUGCUGUCGUUGGUUAGCACCGGGGACUGCCCUUUCAUAGUGUGUAUGACAUAUGCCUUCCACACUCCUGAUAAACUGUGUUUCAUCCUGGACUUGAUGAAUGAUGUUGCUUACAAAAAGAGACCUGCAAAUAUCCUCUUAGACGAACACGGACAUGUUCGCAUUUCUGACCUGGGCCUGGCCUGCGAUUUCUCCAAAAAGAAGCCUCACGCCAGCGUAGGUACUCAUGGCUACAUGGCACCUGAGGUUCUGCAGAAAGGAACAGCGUAUGACAGCAGCGCCGACUGGUUCUCUCUGGGCUGCAUGCUGUUCAAACUCUUGCGAGGGCACAGUCCAUUCAGGCAGCACAAGACCAAAGACAAACAUGAGAUCGACCGCAUGACUCUUACCAUGAAUGUGGAGUUGCCUGACUCCUUCUCACCUGAGCUCAAGUCCCUCUUGGAAGGACUCUUACAGCGAGACGUCGCCAAAAGAUUGGGGUGUCUAGGACAGGGGGCGUCAGAGGUAAAGGAGCAUGUGUUCUUCAAGGGAAUCGAUUGGCAGCAGGUCUAUCUUCAGAAGUACCCCCCACCCCUCAUUCCCCCCAGAGGAGAAGUCAACGCUGCAGACGCCUUUGACAUCGGCUCCUUCGAUGAGGAGGACACCAAGGGAAUUAAGCUGCUUGACAGUGAUCAGGAGCUCUAUAAGAACUUUCCACUGGUGAUCUCUGAGCGCUGGCAGCAGGAGGUGGCUGAGACGGUGUAUGAUGCCGUCAAUAGCGACACGGAUAAGAACGAGGCGCGCAAGCGGGCCAAAAACAAGCAGCAGGGCCAUGAAGAGGACUAUGCGCUGGGGAAGGACUGUAUCAUGCACGGCUACAUGCUAAAGCUAGGAAACCCCUUCCUGACACAGUGGCAGCGGCGAUAUUUCUACCUGUUCCCCAACCGCGUUGAGUGGAGAGGUGAAGGAGAGUCUCGGCAAAACCUGCUGACCAUGGAGCAGAUCGUGACUGUGGAGGAGACGCAGAUCAAGGACAAAAAGUGCAUCCUGCUGAGGAUCAAAGGAGGGAAACAGUUUGUCCUGCAGUGCGAGAGCGACCCAGAGUUCGUACAGUGGAAGAAGGAGCUCACCGAAGCGUUCACAGAGGCCCAGAAGCUGCUGCGUCGUGCCCCCAAAGUCAUUGGCAAGGGGCGAACCAAUGUGGUGGAACUGUCCAAACCUCCGCUCGCUCACCGCAACAGCAACGGCCUGUGAGCCGCCCACCUCCCGCUGCCCUUGUCCACCACUCCUCUCCAUCGACACACACAUGCACAUGCUCUCACACUCUCUCUCUCCCAGCAAAACGCUUGUCCAGCACCAUUAGGCUUCCCAACCGGCACAGCGAGCCGCCAUAUGGUCCGUUUCGGAAGGUUCUGCUGCACUGUGCCCUGCUGUUCCUCAACUGUUCGUCAAUCAAAUGCACACACACACGGUUCCUGGGGUGGGCGUCACUCCAGGAUAAUGUUAAAGAACAAUCGGUGAUGCCAGUGCUGAAUCUGGGACCUCGUUUUGACCAGUGGAGCAGGCUGGGAUACUGCGCCCCUUUUGUGAGCAUGUCGUUCCAUCUGUGAUCCCCACGUUCUCCUUGCACACACCGGCAUGCUCAUAUAUUAGCAAAGAAAGAGGCCUCUGCUGUAACAAUGUCCACUUGGAGCUUCUCUUUAAAGUGGCAGUGUACUAGAGCCAGACAGUAUCAGUACCUCUGCUAGAGGGAAACUAGAGCCAUGCGGCCUGAGAGUUCUAAUCAAAUGGAAACAAUCUCAAAAAACGAUGGCUUAAACGAUAUCACUCCCGUUGUCUUUCAUGUCCUUUGUUGGAACGCCAAGGCCACCUCACUGACUGCCAUUCUUGAAGCAUAUGCUUUGCACCACUUUGUCAACAUAGUGGGCGCAUGGCAUGCAUGUCGUUUUAUGCUAAACGGACUCGGAUUUGUGAACUGUUGUGGCACCCGACCUUCGGGACGAACUUGUAAAGUACAGAAUUCUUCGACACUUCCUUAAUAUUCGCUGACGGAUUGAGCAAACUGCAACGGCGAGUGUUGUGCACAUCCAAUUUGAGCUCUCGGAGGACUACGUACGGUGUAAAAAUUAGGGAGCGCUUUUCUUUCUGUCUUUUAUUUUUUUGGUGCUCAGCCCUUGUAAACACCAAACUUGGUUGGGUUGCUCACGUGCAUUAAGUGUGUGUACUUGUGCGUGUACACGAUGCAAAAAGUAGGUGUUGUUGCUUUAAAGGAAAUUCCCCAAUAUUUUCACCAGGAAGAAUUGUUUUCUUUCACCUUGAAUGUAUUUUUGUUUCUCUUUUUUGUUUGUGGGUGGAGUGAUUUACGCUGCUUGACACAAUGGGUAGGAACGUGGCGGGACAUUUGCUAAGACACAAACUCAACCCACUAAACCCACAGAAGUGCAAAAAGUGCCAA